AAUCGCUCCAUGCACUCCGUACAAGAAUUACCAGAACAUUGUAUCGUUGGCGGAGCAGUGUGACUUGAUCGAGAAGUAUUGCACAUGGUGUGUUUUGAACCGUUGUUUAUAUUCAUCGUUCGUUUAUGUGAUACAAAUGGGGAAGAAAAAGCUUGGGAAACAGCGCAAAGAUAAAUACUAUCAACUUGCAAAGGAAACAGGUUACAGAUCCCGAGCAGCUUUCAAGCUCAUACAAUUAAACCGGAAAUUCGAGUUUCUGCAGAAAUCACGAGUAUGUGUCGACCUGUGUGCAGCACCAGGGGGAUGGAUGCAAGUUGCAAAACAGAAUAUGCCUGUUUCAAGUGUUGUUAUAGGUGUGGAUCUUUUCCCCAUCAAGACAGUUCCAGGUUGCAUUGCUCUGCAAGAGGACAUAACCACAGAUAAAUGCAGAAUUGCUAUUGAGAAAGAACUUCAGACAUGGAAAGCAGAUCUUGUAUUAAAUGAUGGUGCACCCAAUGUUGGUAAGAACUGGCUACAUGAUGCAUAUCAGCAAGCAUGCCUUACACUCAGUGCCCUUAAACUGGCUACUCAUAUUCUUCGAGCUGGUGGCUGGUUUGUGACCAAGAUAUUUCGUUCCAAAGACUAUCAGUCAUUAAUCUGGGUGUUUAAACAGCUCUUCAAGAAGGUGCAUUCAACAAAGCCUCAAGCAUCAAGAAGUGAGUCAGCAGAGAUCUUUGUGGUAUGUCAAGGAUACAAAGCACCAGAUAAGUUGGACCCUCGCUUUCUCAAUGCUAAGUAUGUGUUUGAGGAGCUAGACUUGGAGCCCCAGAAUAAGCUUAGUGUAUUUCAUCCAGAAAAGCAGAAGAAGACAAAACCUGAAGGCUAUCCAGAGAAUGACUACACCUUAUAUCACAAACUGUCAGUUGCAGAGUUCAUUGCCAGUGAGAGUGCUGUGGAUGCACUGCAAGGAGCUUCAGAGAUUGUGCUAGAUGAUCCUGAGAUAGUGAAUCAUCCUCUAACAACUACAGAAAUCAAGGAGUGCUGUAAAGACAUCAAAGUGUUGGGUCGUAAGGAACUUCGUGCUCUCAUGAACUGGUGGAAAGCUCUGAAACAAGUGAAUGCUGAAGUUAAAGCUGAGAAUGAAGAGAAGACGACAGCAGCUGAAGAAAAGAAGGAAGAGGAGAAAGAUGAAAGUGAUGAGGAUGAUCGUGACAUUGAAGAGCUCUCCCGCCAAGUAUCUGAACUGCAAGAGGAAGAAGUUCGAGAUCUGAAAAGAAAGAGGAAGCGAACCAACAAAGAACGUAAAAGACUACAGGAUCGGCUCAAUCUCAAGAUGGUUCUCCGUGGAGAUGAAGGACCAAAACUUGAGAGGAGUGACAUGUUCCAGUUGAAGCAGAUAGAGAGUAGCAAGGCACUUGAGAAUGUGAUGGACAAUACUCCAGACAUGCUUGCAGAAUCAGAAGCCGAGUCAGAUGAUGAAUUCCCCAAAAAACAGAAGUUUGUAAUGUAUGAGAAGGAUGGCAGCAGUCAUCUUGAUAGCUCUGGCAAGUUCUAUAAAUCAGGUGACAUGAGUGAUCCAGAAGAAGACAGAGAUUCUGAAGAUUCUGAUAACAUUCCAAAGGAAGGUUUAGGUCUCGGUAACAGUGAUGAAGAAAAUGAGGAAGAAGACCCAACAGUGAAUAGUCUGAAAUGCAACCAAGAAGACAAUCCCCUCCUAACCGAUCUGGACCCCAGGAGCAAGAGAGAAAAGAAGUCCCAUAGAGCUGAGCUCUGGUUUGAAAAGGAUAUCUUCAGGAACUUGGAAAUUGAAGCAGAUGAAGAUUAUGAAUUGGACCAAAUGGUAGAGCAGUACAAGAGGAUGGGUGGAAAGUUAAUUAGUGACAUUAAGAAAAAUGAAGAAAACUUGAAAGCUAAACAUGAAAGUAGUUCUGAUGAAGAGGAUGAAGAUGAGGCAACUGACACAGAUACAGAGAUUGAUUUUCAGUCAAAGAAGAACAAUUCUAAGGCAGCAGCUGGAGGCAAAGCAGAAUUUGAAAUUGUUGCCAAAGAUGAAGCCCCACCAAGUCGCAAACGUAAACUUAAGCUUGAUGUGGAAGGAUUGGCAUUGGGAACACUUAUGGUAACUUCCCGCAAGGUCAAACAAAAUCUGAUAGAUGCAGGCUGGAACCGAUAUGCUUUCAAUGAUGAUAGUCUUCCAGAUUGGUUUGUCGAAGAUGAAGCUAAACACAUGAAGAAGGAAGCCCCAGUUCCUAAGGAACUGGUGUCCAAGUACACAACAAAAUUACGUGAGCUGAAUGUCAGACCAAUCAAAAAAGUGAUAGAGGCAAAGGCUCGAAAAAAGAAGCGUGCUAUUAAAAGAUUGGAGCGUGCAAAGAAGAAGAUGGAAGCUCUUAUGGACAGUGUGGAUGUUGGUGACAGAGAAAAGGCCAAACAAAUCAGAGAGUUAUACAAAAAAGCUAAAGGGAAUCGCAAGAAAGAAGUAACAUAUGUGGUAUCCAAAAAACACACAGCAUCAAAAAGAGCUCGGCGUCCACCUGGUGUCAAAGGACCAUACAAGGUUGUUGACUCAAGGAUGAAGAAGGACAAUCGGCGACUGAAGACUCCACAAAAGGGAAAGAAACAUGGCAGGGGUCCCCCACGUCCAAAACCAAAAAAAGCCACGAAGCUGGGUGGCAAAGCAAAGAGAUAGAACAGCGUUGUAAAGAAGUUUUAUGUUAGCUCAAUGCCAGAGUGAUAGAGAGUGACCUAUAUCAAUUACAUAGCCCUUACAUAAAAUGGGCUAUAUUUUGUGGUCAUCCCUCCACAAAGCAGGAUGGGAAAUGUUAAUUUACUGCAUGUGAUUUCAAGUGAAUGUUCACAGAAUGGAAUCAGUGUUAGAAGCUGUACAUUAAGAGAGUGACAGCAAUGUACUUACUGCACAUAAGUGGAAAUAAAGAAGUGAACAUUUGUAUGUCCUGA